GGGACGGACACCCCUGUCGCAUCGCUCCGCCUGAUUUCGACUGAUUUCGACUAAUUCCCUACUUUGGCGAUAAUUGUCGCAUCCUAAGAACGCGUAGUUUAUUGCUAACGCCGUAUAGAUCAAGUUCAUGUAAUUUUUGUCAGCUAUAUUGAGUUUGCUGACGUAAAAAAGAGGAAGAUUUGUAGCCGGAGACGAGAACAUCCCGAGAACAAAGACCCAAGCCGACAAGAUGGCGAACGACGCGCAAACACCUGGCGAACUGUACCUGUUACUGGGAACAACAGCCGGCGCGAGGAAAGAGGACAUCAUCGCGGCCUACAAAGAUAAAGUCUCAAGCUACGAGAAGACUUUGAAAACAACGAAGGACAAGCGUCUACUGAGCACAGCGAGACAAACUUUCUCAGAGGUGAGCAAAGCUUUCUUUGUCCUGUCAAACGAUGACCGCCGGGCAGCCUACGACAAAUCAAAUGUAAUAUCGGAGCCGGCCAAACAUGACAAGAAACACCCACCAAGUAACGAGUACUUCGUACAACACAACGGCGGUAGUGUAACUAUUCACAUACCUGCGGGAUCAGACAAACACUGGACAGAAGCUAUUGAAUCUCACUACAACAUGUCCACUGAAGACAAGGGCAAAAAUGGCCGCCAACUAAACGUCCCCUUCCACGAUCCCGAGACUAACGACGAGAUUGGAUCGGUUACGCUCCACGUGUACCAUACGUCUAAAAUACUAGUACAAGGUUCGGCCUACUAUCUGUGGGUUAUGUUCAUUUAUGAACAUCUCAAAGAACAGUUACUGGCAACAAGCCCGACCACAGAAGUCAUGUGUGAGGAUAUUAUAUGCAACAAAUGUCAGCAGCCCGGCCCCGAAGAUGAAGGUGUAAUUCAGUGCAAUUCGUGCCAACAGUGGUAUCACUAUGUGUGUACAGGACUCCGACAAAGCCUACUAUAUACAUUGAUCACUGAUGAAGAAAGGGAGUAUGUUUGCAACCAGUGCUCACACGACGACCAACAAAGUGAGGAAACCACUCCUAAAGCGGUCUACAGUGCACCAAACUUAGAAGAUAACAACAACAAUGCUCAGCUUUCCUCUCUUCAGAUCAGUGUAGACAAGCUGGAGUCCAUUCUAAUGAGCAGAAUCACCACUGACAAUGACAAGUUUGACACCUUGGCGGCACGAAUCUCACGAAUGGAAAUCCAGUUGUCUAAAACAAAAGACCCUCCAGUGGAGAACUUGGCGAGACUAUCCGACAUUGAAGUGCUAAAAAGACGUAUCAAUGCACUAGAAGCAGAAAACAAAAACCUGCGAAACAGGAUAACACUUCUGGAACAACAAAGUGUGAAGAAAGCAGGCCCAACAACAUCCCAGACGGGCGACUCUGCACGUGCUCCAACUACACCUGAAACCACAAACACCCGCUUCGUCCCGAAUAUCCCAACUAACAACAGCUUUGAGGUCCUAGCAGACAACACUCCGAUGACCCAAGUUGAACGGAAGUUAGAUUCCCGUGAUAAUGGGCAGUCGCAGACACGACCAACAGAAAGGCGUUCAGAUGACCCAAUCCUAGCGGAAAUAGUCAUCAUCGGUGACUCGAACACGAGAGGAAUUGUUCCCAGCGUGCUUUACCCGGGCAAGCUAACUGCCAAACACUCAGCAAUGAAAGUCCCUCAGGCCAUAGAACUGAUCACGGAAACGAACUACUCGGAUCCCAAAUGCAUUGUCUAUCACGUGGGGACAAACGACAUAAGGGAAGAAAGGGCGGCAAACGGUGUCACAGAAAACCUCAGGCAGCUGGUAACAACAACACGAUCAAAAUAUCCGAAUGCAGACAUCGUCAUGUCUGCUAUACCCCCGAGAAACGACAAACAACUGAUGGAGGUCACACGCGACGUUAACACCUUCCUGCACAUCCUUCAUCAAGAAACUGCCUUCAUCAGUCUAGCGGACAAUGACAAUCUCGGCGAAGACGGAUCCAUAAAGAGAGCUUUGUACAAACAAGACGGGUACCACCUCAACAGAGACGGCCUAAAAGUACUUGCAGCAAACUGGAAGACUGCAAUUCAUCCCCUGGUAGGCAUGGGUACCUACAAUAGAGGACAGAGAUGGAGUACUGACCCAUCACCGACAAACCGACAGAACAGAAAACCGGGGGCGGAAAACAACCAAUUACAAUCUUCAGAACAAAACAGAAAUCGUGACUGGACCAACCCAGGCAGUAGCCCUCGCGAAGAGCCGAACCCGAACUCGUUCGCUCGUGACCGACGCCCUCGCGAAGAGCCGAACCCGAACUCGUUCGCUCGUGACCGACUGCAUCGCGACGAGCCGUACCCGAACUCGUUCGCUCGUGACCGACUGCCUCGCGACGAGCCGAACCCGAACUCGUUCACUCGUGACGAACUAAACGUAGGAUCGCGCCCUCGUGACUGGACCAACCCAGACCAGCGCUCUUGGUGCCCUCGAGACAGACCAAGUCCAUACAGGGUCCCGGAGGGAGAACAACGCCAAGACUGGCGCUUUCACAACCUGGACUGGCUUCCACGUGACCAAAGAGCCUCAAACUGGAAUCGACACAACGCAGACUGGCGCACAUACGACACAGACUGUCGCAGGUACAACGGUGACUGGCACACAUACGAAGCAGACUGGCGCUCGCACAGCAGAGACUGGCGCAUGCAGAGGCAGCUGGAGGAGUUCCCUGACUGGCGCUACAACUUCAGAGGCUGGUAACACAAGUCGUAUCCUUAACCUUA